AUGAUACGCAAACGCAAAUCUGCCACUGAACACCAAGUCGUUGUGGGCAUCGCAGUCGUUGUGGGCAUCGCGGGCAUUGUGGGCACCAUGUUGCAGCACCACCCAAAUAUGGAAAAAGAAGAUGACCACGACGCCCGCGACAGAUCAGUUACUAGUGCCAGAAUCGCCCUCAACAAUACUGGGCUAACAGGAAUUGAGGAGGCGGUAAGGGACGGAGUAAUGAUGUUGAAAACUGGCAAGAUGGUUUUCGAACAUGGCAUAGUAGUGUCACUGGACCGACUGGACCUCAACGCUCAGGAGCGACAGGUAAAAAAAUUCCAUGGAGGACCGAGAACGCGAAGAAAGGUGCCAAUGGCCGCGUCAGGCUUGAGACAAAUGCCCGCAACUACUCAGUCGCUCAUUAAAAAAACAUUACCGGGAGUACUGCGAAUCUCGGUGAUAUCGCCUGACCGUGACUCUGGGAGCGUGGAUACACACAUAAGGAAUCAGAGCACCCUCGAGUCCAUGGCUCGUUCGGAGGACAAGUACUGGGAGGUUCCAGUGAUUAGUAGAACAUCGCAGCAGUGGUCGCGGCAGGUGCCGCGCAGCAGUCGCAGCAUUUUCACCAUGCCCACUAAAAAGGCAACAGGUGGUGGUCAUCAUGAUCAGGCGUGUCAGGAUGAUACUGGCGCAAAGAAAUGA